CUUGAACAGCAAGUUAACAUCAAAUUUUGUGUGAAGCUGGGCAAGACAGCCACAGAGACAUUGCAGCUUCUGCAUGAUGCCGACAGCAAUGAAGCUUUAUUUCGGGCACGAGUGUUUGAGUGGCACAGGCAGUUUGUGUCAGGCAGGGUGUCCAUGGAGGAUGACACAAGAUCAGGCUGGCCUUCGAGUUCCCAGAAUGAAGACAACGUGGUUUUCAUCAGAGACAUGGUACGGAAGACCAUACUGUUAAGGUGUGGCCACACAGAGUGCUAUGUACGCUAUGUUCGCUAUACGAACAGAAAAAUAUCUCCCUUUAUUGCCAAUGUGACUGGCCGCACAGACUUCCGUACGCUACGUACGCUAUGUUCGCUAUGUUAGCUGCAUCGCAGAGUGUUUGAUUCUCGGCUAUAUUUUUAAAACGUCGUGCUGGACGGGCAUGCGCACUGGGCUCACUUCCAGGUGUCAGCUGCACGCCUCAGUAAUUUCCCACUCUGAUUACAACACGUAUUACGUAUCAUUCAGCGCAGUAUUCCUUAGAUGAAAAUGACACUGGAGGAAGUAAUUGAAGAAGUAAGGAAGUCCGUGUUUGUGAACAAAGGGUUAGAAGAAUAUCGGAACCAGAACAUGUGGGAUAAUGCCUGGGACAUGAUUUCUGGAGAAUUGAAUACAUCAGUGGAGGAUUUGAAAGUAGAUGGGAAGAAACUGCAGGAUAGUCACAGGCAAGCUAUGCUAAGAAGAAAGACAAAAAGUGGUCAGGGUGCUAGGAAAAUGAAACCGUGGAAGUACGAGGCGCGAAUGUCUUUCCUACUGUCUGACCUAACUCCACGGCAAACUGAAUCCAAUAUCGACGUAGUUGAGGAAACCGAGGAGCGUGAGGACGGCGUGGGACUCACGUUGGAUGAGGAAGAAGAAGAACAGACAGAAUCAGCCUUUCAAAACAGAAGAGAGAGCAGGAGUAAAAACGGCAGGAAGUUUGGGAAAAGGUUCGACAAGGAACACAAUGUUGACAAAGUAAUCACAUUCAUGCAAGAGAAGGAAAGGGAUAGAAAACAACCAGGUGAGCUUGAGUAUUUCUUUGCCAGUGUGUGCGAAAGCACCAAGCACCUUCCUCGUUGUUUUCAACUAAGGGUAAAGCAAGACGUUAUGAAGGCAAUUUUAAAUGCAGAAAUGGAGUGCUUGGGCACUGAGUCAUCCACUUUUUCAACCGAAUUCUGCCAUCAAGCACAACCUUCUCCUGCUGCUAGUCAGUCUUCAUCUGAAGCCCGCAUUGCGACAACGGGCUACAAUAAUCAGGCGCAAGAAAACGCUUCAGGUCUUUCAGAUGGAUGUGCAAGAAGCAAUGACAGUUCGUUUUGAAUGAUGAUGUCAACUAGUACCCCUUCUGUGACCUAUAUGUAGCAUAUAGUCUUUGUUAAAAGUUAGAAAUAAAAAAAAUACAAAUAAACUAAUUACUAAAACACAUGAUAACUCACCUCAAAAAAACAGCCGGUCAUUCCUCUGCUGAAAUAGUUUCUCUGUAGUUAAGUUUCUUCUUUUCGAUUUCAUCCUUGAUAAGUGAUAAAAGAUUAUUAAACUGAUUCGUAUUCAUUCAGAAAUAUAACUUCAUCUUCAUGUAACUGCUUUAUCAGAUGAUGAAAUUCACCAAACUUUGUUCUUCUUAAGUUCACGCCAUGCACCCACUUCCUUUUACGUUUACACAAGGAAAGUAACAGGAAAAGCUCAUUGUCGGAAUCAUCGCUGCCCCCCAUGGCACACUAUCAGCCAACAUCUCAUUCAAGACUGAGCAGUUUCAUACCAAACAUAGCUUUCUGUGUGGCCACGCGGUGUAGCGAACAUAGUGUAGUGCUCUGUGUGGCUGCACCUUUAGCUGAUGCCCUGAAUAUCAAGAAGUUGACCUGCAACCAAAUUCUGCAAGAGAACUUGGGUAAACGAAAACUCAAUGGCAGGGUAGUCCCACACACACACUCACUCAGAAUCAAAAGGAGGUGCAAGCUUCGGUUUGUACUGAUUUGUUACACAAGGCACAGAAUGAUUCCAUGUUCGUUAUCAGUAUCAAAUCAUUGUGUUUCCAGUUCGACCCUCAGACAAAGAGGCAAAGCGCUGAAUGGCAGUGAACGGGUUCUCCACUGUCAAAGAAACUGAGGCAGCAGCCAUCAAAAAUAAAGACUAUGAUUUUUUUUUAAUGCCAGGGGUAUUGUUCAUCACAAAUUUGUUCUGCAAGGACAAACUGUCAACCAAGACUUUUAUAUCUUCAUACCCAGGCGUAUGCGCAAGGCACUUUGAUGUCGUCGUCCUGAUGUUUGGGCAUCUGGACAGUGGACUUUGUUGCAUGACAAUGCGAGACCACACACAGCUCCAAGUGUCAACAGAAUUCUUGCUAACACAAUGUUACUGUGCUUCAACAUCCCUGUACUCCCCUGACCUCUCUCCAUUUUCUGUUUCUGAAUGAGGGAUUUGACAGCGGCUUCCAGGACUUCUCGAAAUGCUGGCAACGGUGUGUCAACUGUGGAGAGGACUACUUUGAAGGGGACAGGAGCCAUUAGUUAAUAAGUUGAAUUUUGUAUUUUUUACAGAAUAAGUCUCAGAACUUUAUGGACAAAUGUUGUAUUAAUGUGGAUUUCCAUUUAUUAUUAACAAACCAUGUCUUCAGGAAUUGCAGAAGGGUACCCACUCAAAAUCAGAAUUUGUCUCUAAAAUUGAGGCUUCUUGUAGGGGCAGAGAUUUGUAGUCAGUUGAUACUAAUCGCAUGUGUAUGUCGACUGAAGGAGAGAUUUUUGGUAAUUCAAUGGCGGGUACAGGUUUCUAGUCAGUGGGAAUGUGUUUACCAAAAUUCAUUCAACCUCAUCAUGAAACAGACAAAAAUUCCAGUAUCUUGCCUUACAGGUUUAUAAAUUUUAUGCAGAUUAGCGACACUAAGGUUUUUGUGUUUCUGAUAGGAAACUGAUGUCAUUCUAAAAUUAUAUAAGUACUUUCAAAUCUUAUGAGUUUUAUCACCAUACUGGAUUUAUCACACUCUGACACCAAGCGAACCCUGCUAUACUAUCAUUUAAAUUCUGCUUGUGUAUUGAACAGCUGAAGCAAUGGCUGAAGAAAUAAUAACCAUAACUGGUUAGUUAUUAGCCACCCUAAUUCCCAUCCCACAUUUCUGUUUCAUUAUUCCCAACGUAGUGACCGAGCAAGCUGACCAAGGGAGUAAUACUUUUAUUUUGUCUUUGGAAGGUGCCUGGUUUGGAUCUUAGCCGGGAUGCUCUCAUGACUGAAAAUUUUUGUGGUUUUCCUCAGUCCCUCUGGGCAAAUGCCAGGAUAGAACCUUGAAAUAAGCCACAACCACUUCCUUCCAAUUCAUCAUUUAUUAAUCAUUCAACACCGUACAGUUUGAACUACU